AUGCCUCGUCGUAACGUGGUCGUGCUGGGUGGUGGGAUCUCUGGUCUAAGUCUCGCCUAUUUCUUACGUCAUACACUUCCUCAGACGAUCGCGACGACUACACGUAUUCAUAUACUCGAUGCUGAUUCAAUUGCAGGUGGAUGGGUACGUACAGCCAAGCGUCAUAAAUUUUUAUUUGAAGAAGGACCACGAGGUUUUCGACCAUCUCGUAAUGGCGCCGAGAUGCUGCGAUUGGUGGAACAACUUCAACUUGAAGACAAAAUGCAAGCGGUGGAUCCAGCAGCUCAUGCUCGUUAUAUUUUACGUAAUCGAAAGGUGGAGAAGCUGCCAAGUUCAAUGCUAGAAGCUCUACGAUGGCCAUUAUCGCUUCCAGUGGCACGUGCAGCGCUUCAUGAGCUCUUUGUAAAGCCAGGAACAGAACAGGAUGAGUCCGUGUACAAGUUUAUAGCGAGAAGAUUUAGUCCCUUGGUAGCUGAGAGACUCUUGGAUCCUGUAGCUUCGGGGAUCUUUGGGGGAGACAUUACGAAACUCUCAAUGCGUUCGUGUUUUCCAAUGUUCAUGGACUUGGAGAGAGAGUAUGGAUCAGUUGUAAAGGGAAUGCUGCUUGGAGGUGCUAAAGGAAGUGAGACACUGCUGGAUGGUACGAAAAAAUCGGAGUUUGUCAAGAAACACGAAAAGUCCGUGAGUGUGAGCUUUACUGAUGGCAUGAGCACGCUGAUAGAGGCUCUCGUAAACGAUAUUCACGCCAAUCCGAUGGCAGAACUUCAGUUAAACACGAAAGUGACGAGAUUGGGAGUUCAUGGACAAAACAAUACGUUGUCUAAAGGACUGCGUUUUGUGGUGGAAAGCAAAGACCCUCAGUCCGGAGAAGUUCGAGAGCCUAUUAAAGCCUCACAUGUAUUUUCAACUAUCCCGGCAUGCUAUCUGGCUCCUGUGGUGAAGGAUUCGGCGCCUGAUUUAGCUGAGGCACUCAAUGAAAUUAAGUUUGUUGACAUGGGGGUAGUGCACGUUGGGUACCAUGAGAAGGUGCUGUCUACCGACGGUUUCGGGUACCUCAUUCCCUCUGCAGAACGUGAGAAGGUGCUUGGCGUGGUGUUUGACUCCAACACUUUCCCCAUGCAGAACGGUGAGGACAAAAUGCAGACGCGUCUGAGUGUCAUGAGUGGUGGUGCCCACUUUCGAGAGGUGGCGUCACUGCCAGAAGGAGAACUGGAGCGAAAUGCUUUAGAUGCCUUGAAGCGACACCUCGGUAUCACGCGCAAGCCUGACUACGUGCGUGCCAUGGCACUGACGAAUGGAAUUCCGCAAUACAACGUCGGGUUUAGUCAGACACUGCAGCGUAUUGAGAAGCAGGCUGCACGCGGUACACCAGGUUUAUUCAUGGGCGGCAACAGCUUCUAUGGCAUUGGGCUGGCUGACUGCGUGACCAACUCCAAACUUCUUGCGCUCAAGUUUGCCAAGAGUGUCGUCUCAAGUGGCUAG